CUCCUGUACUUUUGUAGACGGAAUAUAAAUCAGCACAGAACAAGUCUCUCUUUACUGGCCCAAAGCUUUAUUUAACAACUCAGCACAAGUCAUCUAGCUCUCUGAUGGUGAAGCACUACAUGAGUAAGAGAGAGCAAGCAAGUUUCCACAAGUUGACAGAACAAGGAGGAGCCUCCAAAUCGCACAGGUUUAAACAAUUGAAAGAUGAAGACUACAAUGAGUAAAGUAAUACCUCUGGCCAUUCCCUGGCCCCUACUACUGUGUUGCCUUUCAUUUACCAGUGCGGAAUUGAACUGGGAAGUUCAACGCUACGAUGGAUGGUACAAUAAUCUAGCACAUCACAGCAGGGGGACUGUUGAUGUGCCUUUCGUACGAUUACUGCCUGCCAAUUAUGCUGAUGGAGUUCUCGAAGCUAUACAAGAACCAGAGUUACCAAAUCCUCGGAACAUCAGCAACGUAGCAAUGCAGGGAAUGUCGGGAAUACCAUGUGACAAAAACAGAACUGUGCUAUUUGUCUACUUUGGGUUUCAUGUCAUUGAUGAAAUUUUGGAAGCAACUGGGUCUGGUUGUCCCGCUGAAUUCCUGAACAUUCAGAUUCCUUGUGGAGACACAGUUUUUGAUCCCAACUGUACAGGAGAUGUGCAGCUCCCAUUCCAACGUGGUCGGUGGACAACAAGUUCAGGCCAAAGUCCCAACAACCCACGAUUGCAGGUAAACCAUGUCACUACAUGGAUUGAUGGAAGCUCCAUCUAUGGGUCAUCCCAUUCUUGGAGUGACGCCCUGCGUACAUUUUCUGAUGGGCUUUUGGACACUUCCUCAGGCGGUUUGUUACCGAGGCCAAGUACUGGGUUGAUACGUUUGUGGAAAAUGGCAGAUCCUGUCGCCAAAAAGACUGGACUUCAGGGACUUUACGAUUUUGGAAACGCACGAGCAAAUGAAAGUCCCUUUCUCCAGGCGGAAAGCAUCGUCUGGCUGCGAUAUCACAAUUAUUUGGCUCGCUCGUUUAAAGAUAUGAAUCCCAAUUACUCCGAUGAAGAGUUAUUCCAGAGAGCUCGAAAGCAAGUCAUUGCCGUUUUCCAGAAUAUUGUAUUUUAUGAGUGGCUGCCAGCCUUCAUUGGACAGAAUGGAAGCAAAUAUGAUGGCUAUAAGAAGCAGGUCGAUCCUGGUAUCUCACCCGAAUUUCAGUCAGCUGCUAUCCGAAUAAUCAACUCCUUGGUUCCACCAGGUGUCUACAUGAGGAACAAAGACUGCCAGUUUCAAAGUUUUUCAACUAAUGUUGGAGAAAUGCCAGCCCUUCGAGUGUGCAAUAACUUCUGGAAUAGAGAGAUUCUACAUUUCGAAAAACCACAGAAGGUAGAUGAGUUGAUUCUGGGCAUGGCUUCGCAAAUAGCAGAACGAGAAGACAAUAUUGUGGUGUCAGAUCUAAGAGACUUCAUGUAUGGGCCACUGAGGUUCACAAGAUCAGACUUGGUGGCUCUUGAUAUCCAACGAGGGAGAGACAGCGGCCUUCCAAGUUACAAUCAAGCACGAAGAAUAUUUGAUCUUCAGCCAGUUACUAACUGGUCAAGCAUCAACCCUCAACUCCACAGUGAGAAGCCACAGCUUUUUGACGAGUUAGCAGCCAUGUACAAUAAUGACAUUUCUAAACUGGAGUUGCUGGUUGGAAUCUUUCUGGAAAGUAAUGGGGUCUCUGACCGACUCUUUCCCAAGCUUAUAAAAGAACAGUUUGAACGCAUCCGAGACGGUGAUCGAUUCUGGUUUGAAAACACCAAGAAUGGAAUGUUUACAGCCGGAGAACUUCAGAAAAUUAAGAUGACCACAUAUGCUGACGUGUUGGAAGCAAUAGGAAUUACAGCGACUCAGAAUGAUGUUUUCUUCUGGAAAGAUGGUGACCCAUGUGCUCAACCAAGGCAGCUGACAGAGAGUGACCUGGAGCCAUGUGUAAAAGUCAGCACUACGUAUUAUUUUGAUGGCAGUGGAGCAGGCUUUGGGAUACUUGUUGUGGCACUUUGCUGUUUCCCUCUGGCGGCGUUGCUAUUGGCUUUCAUGGUAGCUGGCAUUCGAAAGAAAGAAAAGAAAAAAUUACAGAAAAAAAAGCCUUCCAUGAAGAAGUCGCCUAAUUCAGCUGUGAAUAUCAAAGUCUUUGAAUGGCAAGGUCCAAAAGUAUCAAACCGACCGAUAAACAUCAAUUUUGAAGCCAGCAAAUGCAUUAAGGUCACAGACAACAAAGGUGCUCUGGUCCGAUUCAUCAAUUUCUGCAGUGGGGGCUCCGCAGAUAUUAUUCAAUCCACCAACAAUGGAGAGAAAACUUUGCUGUUGAAGGUUCCGAAGGAAUAUGAUCUGGUAUUGAUGUUUACUGGGGAAGAAGAUCGUGCUAAUUUUAUGGAAGAAUUGACAGCAUAUCUCCAAACGCAUAGCGUAACUCCACUGAUACAUGAAGUGAAAGAACAGACGCUUUUGAAAGAAGCAGUGACAAAGCAGAAGCGGAUUAAAGUCUUAGAUACUUUCUUCCGUCGUGUAUUUGCUGAGGUUCUGGAGAUUGAUGGUUCAGAUGCUGGUGACUUUGAUAUUGAAAGUUCAAAGAAAGCUAAAGAGUCGCUGAAGUGUGAACUGACUACAACAGAGUUUGCAGAUGCAUUGGGACUAAAGGAGAACUCUAUGUUUGUGGAGCAGAUGUUUGCUUUAGCUGACAAGGAUGGAAAUGGCUACCUAUCUUUCCGGGAGUUUCUGGACAUCUUUGUCAUCUUGAUGAAAGGUACUCCUGAGGAGAAAUCAAAGCUAAUGUUUGCAAUGUAUGAUGUCGAUGGGAGUGGUUCCAUGUCAAAGGAAGAGUUCUCACAACUGCUGAGGUCUUUCAUCGAGAUCUCAAACAACAGCUUGCCAAAGGGAGAGAUAGAGAAUGUGAUGGCGUCAAUGUUCAAAGAUGCAGGAUUUGAAGAUAAAGAGGAGAUAAUGUGGGAGGAUUUCCAUUGCCUGUUCCGUGACCAUUACCAAGAGAUGGAGCUUUCUCAGCCUGCUCUGAAAGGACCUGAAGGAAAGAAACAUGACAAAGCAAACCGGGUUUCCUUUGUAAUGAAGACAAAGAAUGAAGGGUCAAAGGGCACAGAAAACCAACAAGAAACCAGUCCAGCUGAAACCUUGAGCCCGGAUAAUUUUGUCCUGGAUUUACGGAAACGAUUUGGCAAGAAAUCUUCUCAAGCCAUGAGUAAAGUCUUUACCGAACCAAAACGGGAAAAGUAUACCAAAAAUAAAUUUUACCAGAAAUACCAUGAAUAUAGACAAUAUAUUCAAAAUCAUCAACGUCAAAUUUUUUGUGUAAUCAUCUUCUUUGGAAUUACUGCGGGUGUCUUCGUUGAACGUGCCUAUUACUAUGCGGUGCUGAGAGAACAUUCGGGAGUGCCCCAGACCACAAGAGUUGGUCUCAUAAUUGCCCGUGGGUCGGCAGCCGCAGUCUCCUUCAUGUACUCGUACAUCCUUCUCACCAUGUGCCGGAACCUCAUCACCGUCCUACGUGAAACCUUCCUGAAUCACUACAUUCCCUUUGACUCAGCCGUGGAUUUCCAUCGUUGGGUUGCGAUGGCUGCUGCCUUUUUCUCAGUGCUCCACAGUGCAGCUCACGCAGUCAACAUCUACACUUUCUCAGCCAACCCACUCAGCGUACUCGCCUGCCUGUUUCCUGAGGCACUCUACGAUGAUGGGUCUGAAGUUCCCUUGAAGUUUUACUGGUGGUUCUUUCAAAAUAUUACAGGGAUGACUGGAGUGCUUCUCCUCUUUUUCUUUUCAAUUCUGCACGUCUUUGCCCUGCAUCAUUUUCGGCGCAUUAGCUUCAGAGCGUUCUGGGUGUCCCACCAUCUCUACAUAGCGAUAUAUAUCUUGAUCCUUUUACACGGCAGUGCUGCUCUCCUUCAGCCGCAAAGGUUCCACGUGUAUUUUAUCAUCCCCACCCUCUUCUUUGUUGGAGACAAGUUCAUAAGCUACAGCAGGAAGAAGAUCGAGAUUCCAGUCGUCAAAGCCGAGCUUCUGCCGUCAGGGGUUACUAAUCUUGAAUUUAAACGCCCGAGAGAUUUUGAAUAUAAAUCCGGUCAGUGGGUACGUAUAGCGAGCCUUGCUUUGGGAACGAAUGAGUACCAUCCUUUCACACUGACUUCAGCUCCGCACGAAGACACUCUCAGCCUUCACAUCAGGGCAGUAGGACCGUGGACAAUCCGAUUACGGGAAACCUACUCUCCAGAAAAUACAUCGCUUCUCGGUAGAUAUCCCAAGAUUUAUCUGGAUGGGCCUUUUGGUGAGGGUCACCAAGAAUGGAACAGGUUCGAGGUGUCUGUUCUGGUAGGAGGAGGGAUUGGUGUAACUCCGUUUGCAUCUAUCCUCAAAGACCUUGUCUUCAAGUCAACAACCAACAGCAAAAUAUUAUGUAAGAAGAUUUACUUCAUCUGGGUGACUCGGACACAGAAACAGUUCGAGUGGCUGGAGGAUAUCAUCCGUGAAGUUGAAGAGGCUGAUAAAAAUUCCCUGGUGACCGUCCACAUCUACAUCACUCAGCUGGCGGAGAAAUUCGACCUGAGGACCACCAUGCUGUACAUCUGUGAACGUCACUUCCAGAAGGUGUCAAACCGCAGCUUGUUCACUGGACUUCGCUCCAUCACCCAUUUUGGACGUCCCCAAUUUGUCCCUUUCUUCCAUUCGCUGAUGCAGGUGUACCCAGACGUUAUGAAGAUUGGGGUCUUCAGUUGUGGACCUCCUGGUAUGACCACAAACGUAGAAAAAGCUUGCAAGGCCAUGAACAAGCGACAUAAGAUCCAAUUUAACCACCACUACGAAAACUUCUAACCUCGCUGUCAAUCAGGGAGCAACCUCCCCGCAAUUCAAACCGAUCAGUUUUGUUCAACUUACUUGGAAUGAAGGAAUAUUUUUUUUGAAUGAUGAAAAUGUUUGACUCUUUCUCUCACAUUAGAUGCACAUAUAAUGAUACCUGUUAUUUAUCUUUGUGUCUAACCUUGUUGCGUAAUCUGUAAAUCUGAUUUGAUUUUCUGGCAAGUUAAUUUUUCAAUUGUAAAGAUUUGUGACAAAACAUUGUAUCUAAUGAUCCAGGUUUUGCUGAAGGUGUGUCAUCUGAACCCAUCAUAUGGUUAUUCAUGUUUUUAAAUAAUUAUUAAUAUUAAUCAGCCAGUGGGUUGCAUAAACGAAGGGAUGUCUUCUGACCUGAAGCCUGAUGGUGGCAAUAUCACUGUGAUAGUGGUCACCAUGAGUGCUCUCGGAACAUGGGUUCGAAUCCUGCCGUGACUGACAUUGGAUUUAUGUUGAAAUGAAUAAAAAUACUGGAACUGAAA